UGAGGCUAAAGUAGCUUAGUGGGAUGACAGCGGGAGGAAGCGGCGUUACAGCGACUCACUGACCCUCAUUGCUCCGACAUUACUCUGGUGUACUGUGCCAGUUAUCGAUUAGGUGAUGGGUGACACUCAUGGCGAGUUUAUUGGAGGCUAUUAGCUUCCGCGCUCUCGUUGGUUAAGCAGCGCAGCGGGUUUUUUUUUUUAAGGAUAGCUCGCGGAGCUAAGCUAGCGGGCGGCUCAUUGGCGAUGGUCCGGAGUCCUUCACAAUAAAAGCCCGAGAUGGAAAACUGCGAUGGGGAGGACGUUGUUGAAACACCUGAGCUGCCUCUGGAGAUCAUAGUUUACAUCCUGAGCUUUCUUGAUGCUUCAGACAGGAAGGAGGCCUCGCUGGUCAGCCGCAGAUGGUACAGCGCCAGUCAGGACUCGCGCUUUCAGAAGAACGUCACUUUCUGCUUCCCCGCCUCAGCCUCGGCCCUGGAGCUGAUCCGGGGUCUGGGCAGAAGGUCACGCUGCAGUCUGAUCAUCACACAGCUCGAUGGGUUGAGUAUGUCCAGAACGCUGCUUCAGGAGGUGGGUCUGUGCUUGGGUCCUAAUUUGGAGAGCUUGGCCCUGCCUGGUAGCAGCAUAACAGAGGCCUCUCUGCUGGCCCUCCUCCCUCACCUCACCUCCCUCCGCAGGCUGGACCUCGGGGGCCUGGACAGCCUCUUCAUGUCCGGGGCUUUCCUCUCCAGGGAGGAGCACAGGCAGCAGGUCAGGUCAGCUCUGUCCGGCCUGGAGGAGCUGGGACUGUCAGACCUGCGCUACCUCUCCGACCUCACCUUCAGUCGGCUCACCGGCUGUACCCCGCGCCUCCGCCGCAUCUCGCUGGCCGGCUGCCAUAUUGCUUUUGAGUUUGACCCGUAUCGAGGGUGCCCGGUGGGAGCCGUUGAGGAUUCGUCCGCAAUGCUGUCGCUGAGGAUCUUGCGGAGGUUCUUAACAGAGCAGAAAUCCACUCUUGUAGCUCUGGACCUCAGCAGAACCUCCGUCACCCCAGAGUCUCUACGCACCAUUGCACAGGUUAAUGAUUUGGUCCUAGAGGAACUGUUUCUGCAUGACUGUAAGGAGCUGACCGACUACUCAGUGGAGAUUCUGGUGAAGCACCAGCCAAGCAUCCAGAGACUGGACAUGAGUGCCUGCACUUCGCUGACCAACAGGUCUGUACUGGCCAUAGCACGGGGCCUGAAGACACUGACACACCUCUGCUUGUCCCGUGACUGGAGGAUCACUGAAUCAGGCCUCGCUGAACUUCUGUCUGUGUCGUCCCUGAAGAGUCUGGAUCUGUCUGUGUGUCUGCACAUCAGCGGGACAGAGAUAGUGAAAGGCUUGACGGGAUCCAGCACCAGACCACAGCUGGAGACACUCAUCCUCAAGAGCUGCACCUACAUUAGAGAUCUUGCAGUUUUCUCUCUCACCCAGCUUCUUGGGGACACUCUCCGUGAGCUAGACUUGACGUCAUGUAUUGAUGUGACUGACCUGUCUGUGCGCUCUAUAGCCACCUUCCUGCGGAGGCUGGUAGUUCUGCGGCUCGGCUGGUGUAAAGAAGUCACAGACUGGGGGCUGCUGGGGAUGGAGGAAAGAGCCACAUGUGACCGUGAUCAGCAGACGGGUCUCAGCUUCACCCGGACCUUUGGCAACAUGGGCUUCUUCAAGCCUCCUCGUCUGCCGUUCGAGGAGCGACCCAAGGUGGUGACACAGAAUGACCUGGAGCAGUUCAAACAGCAGGCUGAAACUUCACUUUUAGCUCUCAACAGGCUGCAGGAGCUGGACCUCUCUGCCUGCCUCAAACUCACUGACAGCAGCAUCACACAGGUGGUGCGUUACCCAGACCUCCGCCAACUGUCUCUCUCCAUGCUGCCGGAGAUCACCGACGCCAGCUUGGCAUCAGUAGCCAGGCACUGCCGCAGCCUCACCAGCCUGUCUGUCAGCCACUGCCCGGGUGUCACUGACCGCGGGGUGGAACAGGCUGCACCGUGUCUGCACAGACUGCAGCAUCUCAACCUCUCCAGUUGUAAUAUCACUGACAGAUCCUUGCUCUGCCUGGUGCAGCACUGUCGCCGUCUGCGAACACUCGACAUCUCAAGGUGCAAAAACAUCUCAGCAACAACUGUACACCUCCUCCAAUCACAGCUGCCCAUCUUGGAAAACGUCCACUACAAACUAACUGAUCCGCCCUUCCUAUAACGCAACCUGCUGACCAAAGUCUGCUCCGUGAGUUCAACUUUUUUUGCAAAAGAACUGAAGGGAAUGUUGAAAAGUGAAAACACACUCAUCACUGAGGGUACGGGUUUGAUUUUAAAGUCAGGCAUUUCAAGGUGCUUUGUACAUUUACGUUUAAAAUCAGUGGAAAUCCUAAAUCCUUGAAUCCUUGUAAUGAAAAUGUGGAGCUAGAUGUCACAGAGAAUCUUUUUGAUUCAUCAGUUAAUCAAAAUAUUAUCGAAAUCACAGUAUGACCAAAUGCAAUAUCAUCUUCUUUAUUUUUACCAUAUUGUGUAAUUUACAUAACAUAGGUUUUUUAAAUUCUUAAUAAUAUAUAGUGUAAUUUAUAUACUGAAUCAUUAGGAACUAAUGGGACUCAAACUGAAAGAUGCACUGUGGAAUAAUUCUUACAUUUAGUCCACAACUAUAAUGACAUUAUAUUCCAAUUUUCUCCUUUGUUUUGGGCUCUAAAACUUCCUUUUAAAUGCUCUCGAUUGAUUUGUUUUUUAAUAUCUCAUAUCGACAUAAGGAAAUAUGUUUUUAGCAAUGAGUUCUGUGUUGAUACCAUUGGUUGAUACAGGUAAGGGGAAAUAGUGGUCCUUAAAUACUCUUCAGAUAAAAAUACAGCUAAGGUGAUUUAUUUUGCACGGUGUCUUUCAGAAGAUGGAGAUUUGACCUUUUUAUUUUUGCUGAUGGAAGUCAGCAGCGUCCCUCCAUGUUCUGCAUUCACGGUACUUUGAAUUAUUUAAGGGUUGUCUGAAAACUGGCCGGCGUUAUCAGGAGACGAAAUCAUAACAUCACAAAAUGUUUUCACUGGAAAUCUCUGAACAUUUGCUGUUUAUUACUGGAUACUGCAGGCAAACUAACUUGAAUUCAUCUGAAGGACGUCUAAUGGAAGAGAUAUCCCUUUACACUGUAUGACCAUGGUUGAAUAAUUGUACUUUUCUAACACUGUAUGAGUCACUGUGACGGAUCAAGGAUACAUAGAUGUUGAUUUUAUAAAUAAAACCAAACGUACAGAC